AAAAGUUUAAUUUAGAUUAGUCACAUGACUAAUACCGGAAGAGGCGAAUAACAAGGAAGUAGAGUUAUACGUUUCGAUUAUAUACAACUCUUAUUGACCGUUAUCAUGUGGAAAGCAACAGCUGGCAGAGACAUAAAAAAGGUGAAUGCACCACCUUCAAGUCAAGGAGAUGACGAAUGGGAAACUGACCCAGACUUUGUGAAUGAUGUCACAGAAGAAGAGCAGAGAUGGGGGGCCAAAACUAUUGAAGGUUCUGGCCAUCAAGGAUCUCUCAACUUGAAAAAGUUAAGAGAGCAAGUAUCUAUUGAUGAUAAAGAAAAUAAAAUAAAAGAGUAUGAUCAGGGACCUAAGGCAUCAGAAGGUUAUGGUGGGAAGUUUGGUGUACAAAAAGACAGAAUGGACAAGUCUGCUGUAGGGCAUGACUAUCAUGAAGACUUGUCCAAACACGCCAGCCAGGUCGACGUGAAAAAAGGAUUUGGUGGGAAAUUUGGGGUACAGACAGACCGAGUUGAUAAGUCAGCUGUUGGUUACGAUUACCAAGGCAAGGUAGACAAGCAUGAGUCACAGAAAGAUUAUAACAAAGGUUUUGGUGGUAAAUUUGGUGUCCAGACAGACAGAGUGGACAAGUCCGCUGUGGGGUGGGAGCACAAGGAAAAUGUCCCCAAGCAUGAGUCACAGACAGAUUACACUCAAGGUUUUGGAGGUAAAUUUGGUGUCCAGAAGGAUCGUGUGGACAAAUCUGCAGUAGGUUGGGACUAUGAAGGAAAAACAGAAAAGCAUGCCUCACAGACAGAUUUUAGCCAAGGGUUCGGGGGCAAGUUUGGUGUCCAGUCAGACAGGCAGGACAAGUCAGCCAUGGGCUACGACUACCAGGAGAAGCUACAGCAGCAUGAGUCACAGAAAGACUUCAGCAAAGGUUUUGGUGGAAAGUUUGGUGUACAGAAAGAUCACAUGGAUAAGUCAGCUGUUGGCUACGACCAUCAGGAGAAACUUGAAAAACAUGAAUCACAGAAAGAUUAUUCUAAAGGUUUUGGGGGUAAAUUUGGUGUACAGUCAGACAGACAAGAUAAGACUGCAGGUUCCUAUGAUGAUAUGGAAGGCGUUAAGUCAGGGUAUCAACGUACACAAGCAGAUAAAAGUUCCGAGGGAGCCAAAAAUUUAAAAGCAAGAUUUGAACAGAUGGCUAAAAGUGGGGAUGAAGAGGCACAGAAGAAAGCUCAGCAGGAAAGAGAGAAGAGAGAAGCGAGGGAGAAAAAAGAAAGGGAAGAACAAGAGAAACAGAGACAGGCCAAACUGGAACAAGAAAGAUGGGAGAGUGAGCAGCAACAACAGGCAGACACCAGCAGCCAGCCAGAGCCUGACGUCUACAACCAGCCAGACCCGGAGCCCGCACAUUUCACAGCCCCCAAGGUCCAGCGGCCCAGGAUGCCAGAGCCCGAGCCAGAACCCCAGCCGGAGCCUGACGAGUACGAUGAGCCGCCUCAGGUAGACGAUGCAUACAACGAGUCCGGGCAUGUGGAGGAGAGUUACAACCAAGCCUCCCAGGAUGACUUGUACAACCAGCCUGAACAGGAACCUGAGCCAGAGGUGCACACACCUCAUGUUGGGGGUGUAGGAGGGCUCACUGCCAUCGCCCUCUAUGAUUACCAAGCCACUGAUGAAGAUGAACUGACCUUUGAUCCUGAUGAAGUUAUUACUGAUAUUGAAAUGGUGGACGAUGGCUGGUGGCGCGGCACAUGUCGGGGAGUGUCUGGUUUAUUUCCUGCCAAUUACGUGGAGUUGCAGCAAAAAUAAAUUGUCACAUCUGGUGGUGAGAAGUUAAAUUUGAUGAAAACACCAAAAGUUGCCUGCACACGUAGUUCCCCAUGUAUGAUUACAAAGCUGAGCUAUCCGUCUAUCGAUAACUGAAGACAAUAUUUUAUUUUUAAAUGUUUUCUUAUGCCUACAAAAUUAUUUAUUUAAUUUAUCAAUCAUCUAGUGUAUUUUAUGGAAAUUAAAACUUUUUUAAAUUAUGGGGAACAAAAUAUUCAGGUAAAAAAAUAUUUAAAAUAUUUCCCCAAAUGGGGACCAACUGUAGAAUAUGAACAACAUUGUUGAUAGUUGUACAAUAAUAUAAAUAUUUUUGGUAUAUUACAUUCACCCUGUGCAGAAGGUUGGCUUAUUCUAUUUUAAACUAUACACACUCAUGGGAUGACAUGAGUUCUCUCCCUUCUCACUGGUUAUUGUAGUGCAUAUCAAAUAUUUGGCCUACAGAUGAGAAAUAUGAUCCCGGAACAUGUACUGUCAAAAUAGAAAUACUGACCUUUUAAAAAUAGCCUGUACUGCCAAAAUCCGUUCAGUAACUCAUUUCAAUCUCUUAAUAAAAAUCAUAUUUUAAAUUUUGUUUUUAUAUCAAAUAAUUAUCAGGUUACAAAUUAAUUGUUUAAAAAAGGGCAGUGCAGGCUAACUUUGAUUUCUAGCACUUCAUGUUUUUGGCAGUAAGGCUUUCAUCCCACUUAUUCACAAGUCUUAGUCUACAUGCUGAUCUAAAAGUAGGUGUGGCUGCAUUUUCAUGAGCUCUUUUAGAAUUGAUUAAUUUCAUUUUACUAUGUUAAAUUCUUUCCGAGGUUUUUAGUAAAUUAUUCUUUUGAAAAUUCAACAGCAGUUUUAAAUUGUAAGUUAUACAUGUAUAUCUUUAACACUCAACCUACUCCCCCUUGAAAGUUAAUUUUUCAAUUGUUUUAAAAUAUGCUUUAUUAGUUAAGCUACAUGCAGUUUCUUUAUUUUUUAAAAAAUAUUGAUUCAUCUGUCAUAUACUAAUUACUUGCAUUCCAAAUAAUCAACAGUUUACUUAUGAAAGUGUAUAAAUUGAAUCCAGCUAUUCAAAUCCGUGAUUAUUGGGGAAGCAGGUUUGUGGUUGCCUAGUGUGGGUGUUGUCAUGAAAUUUGUAUCUUUGUGGUGUAUCAGAUGUGUGACAGCAGGCUAGUGUCAAGUAUUCUCAAACCUUUUGCUCAUAGGAUUAUGUUCUCCUGUACCAAGCAUUACACAUGUUAUACAACCAAAUACUUUUUUAUAUCAUAUGUAUGUGAUGAUGAAUAUGUCUAAUAUAUUGCUAGCAAUGCUGCCUUUGAGAUGUAUUGUCAUUUGAUAAACUAUUUACUAUUUAAGUACGAGUCUUUUUAAAAAAAAAUAAAUGAAUAGUUGAUCAUGUAAUAGCUACUAUUGCUGCUAGCAGUUAUUUUAUGCAUUUUAUUUUCCACUACUGGAAUUAAUCAUUUACGUCUUAAUUUUAGUUUUAAAAAUUGAAAUUGCAUAUUUUUCCACAGAGGCAAAAUACUAUGCAAAUGAAAAUUUAAUUUAAAGACUAAAAUAUUUUAUUUGCAAUAAUUGCCAUAUAUAAAUGUCCAUGCGUU